AAAUUCGGUCACUCUUCUCCGGGGAUCGUCUCUCAGUGAACAUGGCGGGACCGGAGCUACUGUUGGACUCCAACAUCCGCCUCUGGGUGGUCCUGCCCAUCGUUAUCAUUACCUUUUUCGUAGGCAUGAUCCGCCACUACGUGUCCAUUCUGCUACAGAGCGACAAGAAGCUUACACAGGAGCAAGUGUCAGACAGUCAAGUCCUAAUUCGAAGCAGAGUCCUCAGGGAAAAUGGAAAAUACAUUCCCAAACAGUCUUUCUUGACACGAAAAUAUUACUUUAACAACCCUGAGGAUGGAUUUUUCAAAAAAACGAAAAGGAAGGUGGUGCCACCUUCUCCUAUGACUGAUCCCACUAUGCUCACAGACAUGAUGAAAGGGAAUGUAACAAAUGUCCUCCCUAUGAUUCUAAUUGGUGGAUGGAUCAACAUGACAUUUUCAGGCUUUGUCACAACCAAGGUUCCAUUUCCACUGACUCUCCGUUUUAAGCCUAUGCUCCAGCAAGGAAUUGAACUGCUCACAUUAGAUGCAUCCUGGGUGAGUUCUGCAUCCUGGUACUUUCUUAAUGUGUUUGGGCUUCGGAGCAUUUACUCUCUGAUUUUGGGCCAAGAUAAUGCUGCUGACCAGUCGCGGAUGAUGCAGGAGCAGAUGACUGGGGCAGCCUUGGCCAUGCCUGCGGACACCAACAAGGCUUUCAAGACAGAGUGGGAAGCUUUGGAGCUGACGGAUCACCAGUGGGCACUUGAUGAUGUGGAAGAAGAGCUUAUGGCCAAAGACCUCCAUUUUGAAGGCAUGUUCAAGAAGGAGUUACAGACCUCUAUUUUCUGAAGAGCAGGCAGAGAUUGCUGUGUCAGGAACUUAACCUUGUUACUUUAGUUUGAGCUGGAGCCUCAGAAUAAAAAGGAGGGUACAUGAGCUGGCAGG